GCAGGAGACAAUGUGAGAUUCAAUUUUCCAAUGGCAUUCACAACAACAAUGCUAUCAUGGAGCACAAUUGAAUAUGGUAAAAGAAUGGGACCUCAAAUGAAAGAAGCACGUGCCGCGAUUCGUUAUGCCGCCGAUUAUUUCCUCAAAUGCGCAACAUCAACACCCGGAAGACUUUAUGUCGGUGUCGGAGAUCCAAACGUCGAUCACAAAUGCUGGGAAAGACCAGAAGAUACGGAUACUGUUAGAACUGUUUAUUAUGUAUCUUCGAAGAAUCCCGUUUCUGAUGUUGCUGCUGAAACUGCCGCCGCACUUGCUGCAGCUUCUAUUGUUUUCAGAAAAGUUGAUCCAUCUUAUUCUGAGCUUUUGUUGAGAACUGCACAGAAGGUUUAUCAGUUUGCUUUGCAGUAUCAAGGUUCAUAUAGUAAUUCACUCGGUUCCGCUGCUUGUCCGUUUUAUUGCUCAUAUUCCGGAUUCAAGGAUGAACUAUUGUGGGGAGCUGCAUGGCUUUUUAGAGCAACAAAUGCAAUUUACUAUUACAAAUUGGUGAAAUCUUUGGGAGCUGAUGAUCAACCUGAUAUCUUCAGUUGGGAUAACAAAUAUGCUGGUGCACAUGUUCUUCUUUCAAAGAGAGCAUUGUUGAACGGCGAUAAGAACUUUGACCAGUAUAGACAAGAAGCCGAUAACUUUAUGUGCAAGGUCUUGCCUAACUCACCCCCUUCAACUACACAAUGUACGCAAGGAGGACUCAUGUUCAAGUUACCUGAGAGCAAUCUCCAAUAUGUGACAGCUAUAACAUUCUUGCUUACAACCUAUUCAAAGUAUAUGUCAGCAACAAAACACACAUUUAACUGCGGCAACGUCUUCAUCACAACCAAUACCUGUAGACAAGCCAACAUCCUUGUUCAGCUAGUCCAUGAACUAACUUGAUACAACAGCGAUAAACUAAGUACAGACUUGCAUACUUUGCCAACACCAUGUGUCAUAUGCCAUGUUGUGGACCACUACCCAGAAGUUGCAACAAAAUUGUAAUCAAGGCCAAGCAUAUAUGGCAAUAAGCAUCUCAGUAGCACGCCAUCUUCCCAACAGUGGAACACACAUC